AUGCCAAGUAAGCUGCGAAUUUUGUCAAUACGCUUGUACAAAAAUGUCAACAUAGCUAGCAAGAACGCUGAACUCGCAAUCGGAAGCCAUCCGCUAGCUCCAGAGCUACCGGAAAUGAGGCUUCCAAGCCCACAUGUGAAAAAGCCGCAGGGCGUGUCCGCUGGUGAAAAUGUGACGCUCUCACGCGAUGCUGUGGUGCGCUCACGUGAUGCUGGCGUGCGCUCACGUGAUGCUGGCGUGCGCUCACGUGAUGCUGGCGUGCGCUCACGUGAUGCUGGCGUGCGCUCACGUGAUGCUGGCGUGCGCUCACGUGAUGCUGGCGUGCGCUCACGUGAUGCUGGCGUGCGCUCACGUGAUGCCGUGGUGCGCUCAUUUGAUGCUGAGGCGCGCUCACGUGGUGCUGUGAUGCGCUCCCGUGAUGCUGUGGCAAGCUCACGUGAUGCUGUGACGUCUCUCACAUCUGACUCGGAGUGUUGGGAUUCAUUAGCUUCGUGUAGCAUCGCCUUGCGUUUCCUUUCUUCCUCAUCGGCGCUUCAAAAAACAUUGUUUUAA